CCUCCCCUCGUCCCCCGCCAUUUCAGACCGGGACGGGAAGGGACGCGGAGCGCGGAAGCCACCGCCGCGGCGGGCGCGGGUCAAGGGAGGCCGCCGGCGUGCUCCCGCGGCCCGCUGCAGCAGCAGCCAGGCAGGUCUGCUAAAAAAUGACAGAGUAUAAACUUGUUGUUGUUGGAGCUGGUGGUGUAGGCAAGAGCGCCUUGACGAUACAGCUCAUUCAGAAUCACUUUGUGGAUGAAUAUGACCCUACGAUAGAGGAUUCCUACAGGAAGCAAGUAGUAAUCGAUGGAGAAACAUGUCUCUUGGAUAUUCUUGAUACAGCAGGUCAAGAAGAAUACAGUGCAAUGAGGGACCAAUAUAUGAGAACAGGAGAAGGCUUCCUGUGUGUAUUUGCUAUAAACAAUACAAAGUCUUUUGAAGAUAUUCACCAUUAUAGGGAACAAAUAAAGAGAGUUAAAGACUCUGAAGAUGUUCCAAUGGUGCUAGUAGGAAACAAAUGUGAUUUGCCUUCCAGAACAGUAGAUACAAAACAAGCUCAGGAUUUAGCAAGAAGUUACGGAAUUCCUUUCAUCGAAACAUCAGCAAAGACAAGACAGAGAGUGGAGGAUGCUUUUUAUACAUUGGUGCGAGAGAUUCGACAGUACAGAGUGAAAAAAAUCAGCAAAGAAGAAAAGACUCCAGGGUGCGUGAAAAUUAAAAAAUGCCUUGUAAUGGGUGUUGAUGAUGCCUUCUACACAUUAGUUCGAGAAAUCAGAAAACACAAAGAGAAGAUGAGCAAAGAUGGUAAAAAGAAGAAAAAGAAGACAAAGACAAAGUGUAUAAUUAUGUAAAUACAGUUUAUGCUUAUUCUUAAGAAGUACUUAAGUAAUUUUUGUACAUUACACUAAAUUAUUAGCAUUUGUUUUAGCAUUACUUUACUUUCUGCUUCAUGAUCCUGUUAGCUUUACCUGAAUGCUUGUUUUAAAUGACAGUGGAAACUUCAUUCCUCUUAAAGUGCCAGUAUUCUUUGACUGUUGGUUCUUGAACUAGCAACGCCUGUGAAAAACAAACAAACAGAAAAACACACACAAAAACCUGAAAACUGUCUUCGGACUCUUUGGUGCAUGCACAGUUGCUAACUUCCUAUUUUUCUUACUGAUUCUGAACUUCUCUUCUGUGUGCAAACCAAACAAUGAAAUGAUGUGCUACACAUUCUAACAUCCCCUUUUAAUUUUUUGGGUUUUUAAAUCUGGUUGGGAAAAAGGACUAGUUAGCAAAAUAGACUUUCAUUUCAGCCUUUCUUUUAUUUCAAACUGACUGCAAUAUAGAAAGACCAGAAGCCUUUAUAGUCUUCCUGUAGAUUUUGCUUCUAGGCAUCUAGUCUUGUAGCAUUUCAGAUCAAUUUUAAUGAAUGUAAAGAUAAAACUUUCACAAAAAAAAUUUCACCACAGUUUGUCACGGUCACUCCUUAAAUACUCUAUUUUUUCUAUUAAAAAAAAAAAGAAAAAUUAAAAAAAGAUGACAAUGCACACCUGGCAAUGGAAAAAGUAAAAGUUCUAAUUAGGUUGAUUUGCUACUGUUAAUGCAUUGCUUUAAGACUUCCACUAACUCUUUUGUGUCUGAAGACCAAGAUGAAAUCCUAGCUCUUCUGACCUCCAGUGGCAAAUCUUUAAGUAAUUUUGUUCAGUAGGUACAGGAUUUCACCCUUAGUGUUUCUGGGAAAUACUAGAAAGCCUUAACAGAUAAGUUGACUCAAAUUCUUUGGUUAAUUCAUACAUGGAUCCAGAAUUUACUGUAAGAAUUAAAUCAGAAUGAACCCUAAAUUAUAAAGCAAUGUAUUGCUUUUUUUUCCCCCCCAAGAGUGGCAUUUAAUAUUUCCAGAUGCCCGUUUUGUGCAAAAUAGGGGAGGAAAUUUUAAAUUCUAGUAACAACAAGCAAGUGAACGAAUGAGUUGAAUUUAGCUGCUUCAUGCAAAUAAUUUGGAAAUCCACUAUGCCAUAAAAAUGGUGUGGAAUUUGCACAAACCGUCAGCAUCGAACAUGGUUUUCAGAGUCUGUGUUGUUUGUGUGAUGCUUGUGAAGUACUAGUUUUGUUGCACAGAUUAAAUGGUUGGUGAGUGGCAUUCCAGUGUCUAGACUGUCAUGAAGCUAGACCAAGAUUUUAAUGUUGUCUUUCUCUGUGAUCAAGUUCUCUUGUGAUUUUUUUUUUUUAUUUUAUUUUUAUUUUUUAUUCCCCCUCCUUUUUUUUUUCUCUGAUUGGAAUU